GAAGAAGCGCGACUUGGCCACCCAUGCUGUUCUUCUUCAGGCCGAAGUCAACCAAGCACUCCUCGAGGUGCACGAGCUACGGGAGAAGACUGAGAAAGCAUGUGCAGUGUACGAUCGCAUGGUGGUGGACCUCGACCAGCAGCGGGGACGCAUCCGCAGCUUCAGCGAGACGCUCGGUAAAGCGGAGGCGGCCCACACCAAGCUUGUUCAGCAGCUGCACGAGCAGCUGGAUAUCCCAAUCUCGAUCGACUCGCUGCUCAAGCCCCAGGACGACUGCGAGCUCAUUGGCAAAGAUCUGGGAGAAGUUGAGAGGUCGCGUGAACUUCAUCAGGCAGACCAGGGCGCCGUGCUCAAGCUCUUCGGCGACGGGGUGGACAAGGCCAGGGCCUUCCAGAACGACCAG